AUGGACGACGCGACGACGACGGGCGGACGACGACGCGCGCGCGGACGCGCGCGCGGUGCGGACGCGAUCGCGGCGAAUCGACGGGCGAUCAAGGCGCGGAGCGAGGCGAAUCGACGGGCGAGACUCGAGGGCGAGGGCGAUUCGCUGGGGCGACGCGCGACGGCGCGGACGUUGACCGAGUACGAACCGUCGCCUCGCGCGAAGAGAGAUCUGGAGACGUACGCAGAGUUAGGGGCGAGACGACGCGCAUCGAUCGACGCCAAGGUUCAGGCGAACGACCCGCGGAGAGGUCUCCCGAGAUUGGGCGAGGUGCCAAAGUAUCUCGCUCGAAGACGAACGACGCUCCUGCGGGAGAUGAACGAGCGCAUGGAACGGGCGUUGGAGGACAUCGAGCGCAGGAGAGACGCGCGCGCCGAGGCGACGGUGCGCGAACGGGAAAUGAGAGAGGAGAGACGUCGAGAGAACGAGCGGAGACGCGCGGCGUUGGCGAGGCGCGCCGAGAUGGACGCGGCGAAACCGUCGCCGCGCGCGCGCGCGGCGAUGCGACAGAGUUUAGAGCGCGCGCGAGAGCUCUUCGCGCGAGCGAAAAUACGCGUCAACGAGGACGUGAUCCACGAUGAUUCUUUGUAA